UGUCAUAUGAUCGUCAUUAACUGAAGAUACUUUCAUCAGUAGGCGUUGACUUCUCGAAAACUUCGUUUUAGAAUUUGUUCAUCAAAAAAGUAAAGUAGUAAUUAAGAAAGUCGUUACUAUUGUAAAAUCGAAGAAUCCUUAAACUUCAAAAUGGCAUUAAGCGAUGGAGAUGUACAGAAGCAGAUUAAUCAUAUGAUGGCCUUCAUUGAACAAGAGGCCAAUGAGAAAGCAGAAGAAAUUGAUGCUAAAGCAGAAGAAGAAUUUAACAUUGAAAAGGGACGCUUAGUUCAACAACAAAGGCUUAAAAUUAUGGAAUAUUAUGAAAAGAAAGAAAAACAAGUAGAACUUCAAAAAAAGAUUCAAUCAUCUAACAUGUUGAAUCAAGCCCGUCUAAAAGUCCUCAAAAUUAGAGAAGAUCACGUUCGUAAUGUACUUGAUGAAGCUAGAAAGAGAUUAGGGGAAGUAAUGCAGGAUAUUUCACAAUAUAGAGAACUUCUGAAAUUAUUGAUUGUACAAGGAUUAUGCCGGUUAACAGAAAGCCAUGUUGUUGUUCGUGUACGUCAAGUAGACGUUCCUCUAGUAGAAUCACUUUUUGAUUCUGUUCAAGAUGCUUAUAAACAAAUAACAAAGAAAGAUGUUACAGUUAAAAUUGAUCAAGAUAACUUCCUUCCUUCUGAUAGUUGUGGAGGAGUCGAUUUACUUGCAGCAAGAGGGCGUAUAAAAGUCAGCAACACUUUGGAAACGAGAUUAGAAUUAAUAGCACAACAAUUAGUACCAGAUAUACGUUCUGCCCUAUUUGGAUCCAAUCCUAAUCGUAAAUUCGAUGAUUAAAAAAUUCCUCUCACACUUUCUUUUUCUCUUCUUUUCAUACUAUUUUCCUUUCUAACAAAACAUUCCCUUCUUUAGAAUGCUAAAACAACUAAGAAUCUGUUGUGUAGAUUGUAGAAUCUGUUCAUAUUGUUGAAAAGAGAGAGAAAGUGAAAUUGUAAAUUAUAUAAAUAUACAUAUAUACACAUAUAUGUGUGUGUUCAAACUAUUAUUGCAUACAUAUUCAAUAUACAUAUAUAUCUAUAAAGUAUUUUAUUUGAAA